GUUUUGUUUGUUUUGGUUUUCCCGCAAUCGAAAAAUAAAAACGUGAAAGUUUUAAAAGUUCGCAGGAAACGUGGAUGUAGCAAGGAUUUCAUCACCUGAUUUUUAAUAAGUGGAAACUAUGGCAGCACCACAGCAUGCUCACUGUGCCCAUCCGGGUAGCUCUCGUGCCGGGCCACCACCGCUCGCUCCGUGGACACCGGACAAAAAGCACAGCGAUCGGGAGCGGUGGAUUUGCAUCUAUCCGACGUACAUUAACCGGAAGAAGACACGGCAGGAGGGCCGUCGCCUUCCGAAGGAGAACUGUGUCGACGAUCCGUCGAUACAGGAGAUCCGGGACGUUUUGCAAUCGAUCAACAUGAACCUAUUGCUGGAGCUGAAGCAGUAUCCGCGGGAACGAAGCAGAGAACUGCAGCAUCGUGGACGCGUGCGGGUGCAGCUGCGAGACGAUGGUGGUAAUCCGUUAAACCCCGAGUAUCCGACACGCGACAGUCUCUUGGUGCACGUUGGCAAAACGAUUCCGAUGCUGAAAAGUAGGCAAACGAAAGCCCCGGAACAGGCACCGGUAGCUGCUACGACCAGUGCUGGACCGAAGAAAGGCAAAGGCAAACGUCGAUAAACCGCAGGACACAAUUACACAUCCGUACGGCUACGGAGGUGGGCAAUAAACGCUGGAAUGAACAUUAAUCAACAGUCUUGCCGGACAGUUUA